AUGUUGAACUUUGAUGAGAAUCCUAAUGAUAAUCGAGGUGGUUGCAGAGUGGAUGCAGAAAGUGAGCACUCGCUGGCUAUCGCUUCGGAACUACUUGGCUUAGAGGUAUCAGAGAUGAAGAUGGGCCUUGUGUCGAGGAUCAUGCAGGCGACAAAAGGCGGAGUGAAAGGCACUCUUAUAAGAGUUCCGCUGAAACCACACGAAGCUGCUGCUGGACGAGAUGCACUGGCAAAGGCGCUCUAUUCGAAGCUGUUCGAUUGGCUGGUAGCUCGAAUCAAUAAAUCAAUACCGUUUGAGAAAAGCAUCAGCUACAUUGGCGUACUUGAUAUAGCCGGUUUUGGUGAGGGGAUUUCUUUCACCUUUAUGGGAGAGCCACCGAUUCACAUGAUCUGUCUGCUUUCAGAAUUCUUCGAAGUGAAUUCAUUUGAGCAAUUCUGCAUCAACUACUGCAACGAAAAACUGCAGGACUUCUUCAACGAACGCAUUCUGAAACAGGAACAGGAGCUGUAUGCCAAAGAAGGAUUGAAUGUGCCAAAAAUUGAGUACUCGGACAAUCAUGAUUGUAUAGAGCUUUUCGAGAAGAAACCAUCUGGUCUGCUCGAUCUACUCGAUGAGGAGUCUCGCCUGCCUCGACCCACACCUCAGCACUAUACGCUGGCGGCUUAUGACUCAAACAAAGGACAUUUCCGCUUGGAGAGUCCACGUCGUUCACGUCUUCGACAGCAUCGCGAUCUCCGUGAAGACGAAGCAUUCCUCGUUCGCCACUAUGCUGGUACCGUCUGUUAUCAGACGGCCCAAUUCCUGGACAAGAAUAACGACACACUGCACAACUCGUUGGAAUUCCUUGUGGAACAGAGCAGGUUUGCAGUCAUGCAACCUGAAGCGGCUCCAGGGCGACGAUCAGGUGGCGGACGACUUCAAGCGGCAACUGUUGGAGGGAAAUUCCGUUCUCAACUCUCAGUACUGUUGGAGAAACUGAAAGAAACGGGAACCCACUUCGUACGUUGUGUCAAGCCGAACUCAACGAUGAGUUCCGGCGUUUGCGAUGGUGCGGCCAUACUGUCGCAGCUGAAAUGUGCUGGAAUGGCCAGUGUACUGAAACUGAUGCAGAAAGGAUUCCCAUCGAGGACAUCAUUUGCGGAUCUCUACGACAUGUAUCAACGACAGCUACCUCCAGAUUUGGCACGUCUUGAUCCUAGGCUCUUCUGCAAGUGCCUUUUCCAUGCUCUCGGCCUGAACAAUAUCGAUUUCAAAUUUGGCCAAACCAAGGUGUUCUUCAGACCGGGCAAAUUCGCCGAGUUUGAUCAGUUAUUACGCCAAGAUCCUGAACAAAUGCGUGAACUGAUCAAUCAACGUCGAAUGUAUACAGUAAUCCGCAACUGGUAUCAUCACGUUCUCGUUGCAAUCAACGCUCAAGAUUUAAUCCCUCCGAUUUCUGAAUGGUUUUUCCGAAGAAAAGCAUAG